AAUUGAUCAUUCUCUGAGUGACGUUCUUGCAGUUCUAGCUAAGUGUUUCUAAAUCAUGUCUGGUCGUGGCAAAGGUGGGAAAUCUCGUUCUAAGGCAAAGAGCCGUUCGUCUCGUGCUGGUCUCCAGUUUCCCGUCGGGAGGAUGCAUCGUCUCCUUCGCAAAGGACACUACAGCGAUCGUGUCGGAGCCGGCGCACCUGUCUACAUGGCUGCUGUCCUAGAAUAUCUAACUGCUGAGGUUUUGGAAUUGGCAGGGAACGCUGCCAGAGACAACAAAAAGGCGCGUAUCAUCCCAAGACACCUUCAGUUAGCAGUGAGAAACGACGAGGAACUGAACAAGCUACUUCGAGGCAUUACGAUCUCGUCCGGAGGUGUACUACCUAACAUCCAUUCGGUUCUUAUACCAAAAAGAUCUUCAACUGGUGACAAGAGCUAAUUAGCUCAGUGCCUGACGUCAAACAGUUUAGCCUACAUGUCAAACUUGUAGAGUACAUUAGAGACCGUCUUUUAGUGUACUGCUCUAGGUGGCAUUUAUAUUCUAGUAGUACGACUUACCAGUAAACGGCGCAAUGCGCUCUAAUAUUCACGACCACGUGAACAUCUCGCUAGUGUAUAAUACCAGUAUUAUAGUAAUAUACAGCCUAUUGAACAGUGUGACUCAAA